AUGUCUGUCCCUAUUUUGAACGUUAAAGCAAUACUUUUGACGGCAUGUCGAAUGCUCCUACGGCUGCGUAGUAGGACGUUCAGGAUGGACGAUGGCUGGGCCACAUUCUCAUCUGUCGGUCUUUUCAUCUUCAGUGUCUGCACGUUUGUAUCUCUUGGCCAUGUCGAAGGAGUAACUGCCAUCGCGUUGGAUUAUCUGGUGUCUGAGCUUUUCUAUACUGUAAUAUGGUACACCCUCUUUGCCCAGACGUUCUGGCAUUCGGCGCCGCAAAGAUGUCCAAAGAGCACGGGCAUAGCCAUCGCCCAACUGACAACCGGCGUGGCCGCAAACGCCGCCCUUCUCGUCCUCCCAGCGACGUUCCUGUUUGAUGCUUCGCUCACUAACAAACAGCGUGUCCAUAUGAUUUGCACCAUCGCUGCGGUCGCGUUUGCUGCGGUUGCAAGUCUUGUACAUGGCUACUUCACUUUGCGUGUCGGCGGAUUGCCUGAAUUGGUACUAGCCAUCAUCGAGGCCUCCGCUACCCUCAUGGCCUGCAGUGCUGCAAUCAUUGCCACUGCCGUCUUAGAUCUCAUCAAGAAGCCUUCUCCAUCGGAUCGUUGGAUAAUGACUUCAUCAUUCAACGCGCUCUCUCCUACAUUCUCCACCGAUACUGUCAAAACCGUGCAUCUCUCGCCGCGCUCGGGAACAUCAGUUUCGUACGAAGGCAAUACACCCUUCAGAAAGUCACCUUCACUGUGGGGUCCAAAUGGGGCUGGAGUACACAUUACCGAGGAGAAGGUUUCUGUGCUGCAUUUCCCAACACCUGCUGUUCUCAAGCGCUCCGCGUAA